AUGGAAGUCAAUGGUGAACCAGAUAUAGCUGGUAUUUUCAGCGCGGCUUUAAUGCCAUUGAAAGAUAUGAAACAUGCAGAUAUUUUGGACCAGUAUGAAAUGAACAUGGCUGAUGGAAAUAUAACACCUGACGUUCUAGAACAUUUAUCUCAAAGAACUACACAGAACCAUAGAGAUGGUAUAUUUGGUGAAGAGUUUAGAAAGAAAGUUAGGGAGAGAGAAGGAAGAGAACCUAUUGUACAUGACCUUGCAAACGAAAGUUUACAAAAUGUCAUAAAAACUUACUUUGCAGACAAUGAACCGAGAAGGGAUGAAUAUUUAAGAAAACUCAAAUGGACAGUACCAAAUGAAAUGUUAGUAUUGAAAAACAUGUUCCUUGACAAAAUAAAACCAACUACAGAAAUAAACGACGCAAGACUGAAAGAUUGGGUAAAAGCUUUCCCAUUCACAAAAGAUAUUGUUGGUAACAUGGAAAGAAAACCAGAAUGGCUACAAAAACAUAUAUUUGGAAACGAGCUUAUUCCAUAUGGACAGGCACUGUUUGAAGAGCUUGAACCGAAACUCAGGAAAGAGUCAUGCAAACAAUACGCGAAGACUCAAAUACAGACUAUGACAAACUCUUUCUAG